AUGGGAGGAAACACCAGGGCUUUCAUCGACGUUGGUGUGGGAUCGAAUCUCAGCGGUCGUGUCGUUUUCGAGUUCUUUGGCGACGUUUCUGAGCAGCUGAUUGAAAACUUCAGGUCGCUCUGCAAAGGUGACGCUACGACUAGCAUCAGAGGCAAAAGGUCGAAGAUUGGCUACGAGGGAUGCCACUUUUUCAGGGUCGUCAAGGGGGAGUACAUCCAGUGCGGUGACUACGUCAACAACGACGGCUCUGGAGGAGAUUCAAUCCAUGGAGGAUUCAUAAAAGACUACCCAAACUCCAAGCCUCACGCGCAGGCUGGCCUACUCACGAUGGUUAACAUGGAGAAUGUCGUCGUUGGCACCGGGAAUGAGUUUGCAGUGCCCACACCAAGGCCCAGAAGGAACCGCAGAAAUGAUGUUGAGGCCAUGCUAAGUGACGGUAGAAACGAUGAAAGGAGUAGCGCCAGGAAGGAGGAUACAAAAGGCGCCGGAGAUGAGAAGAAGAGGUAUGCCUAUGGGUCACAGUUUUGCGUGACUCUGGGCAAAGUUUUUGGAUUCGAUCGCAAUUAUGUAGUUAUAGGAAGAGUCGUAGAGGGAAUGGAAUUUAUCAGAGCCAUUGAGCACGUCCCAGUAGACUCGAAAUAUCGUCCUCAGAUUGAAACUGGAGUUUUAAAGUCGGGGCUAGUACAAGUUGCUCCAAGAAAUGUUACCGAUGUUAGUAAGCAAAGGGAGUUGGUGGAUUCUCUCUUUUCCUCACUUGAGAAACAGGAUGAGGAAACAGAGGAAGAGGAUGUGGAAACCACGAGAUGCAUGUACUCGGGGCGACUCAUUAAAAAGAGAGCUCCCAAGGAUAGCAGCGCCAACACCAUCGGAAAAAGGAUGCUCGAAGACGCUCUCGCCGGAAAAAAGAUUUUGCUCGCUCCCGAAGAUGAUGAAGAGGAAGAUGUAAAGGAAGAGGUGCAGGAAUCUCAAGAUGCUGCAAGUGUAGACAGUGAGGAGGAAGACUCUGAACAAGAGGAGAAUGAGGAAGAAGAGAAAGAUGAAAUUUCGGCAAGACUCAAGCUCCUGAGUGGAAAGCUAGGAGAGUGCACGAGGCUCAACAACCACCAGGUAGUGAUUGAGCAAAGAGUAAACUUGGAUCCGAAAAAGGAGGCCUUUUACUCCAAAGUCGGUCUGGAGGAAAAGGGUGCAGACGAACAGCUGAUACCAAAGGACCUAAGUGUCACGGCAAGCGUUGUAGAAAGGCGCUAUAACAUGGAACAGUCUAAAAAGAAGAAUGCAGAAUUUGGAUGGAAUGUUUUUAAUCAGGAUGCCCUCUAUAGAGCCCACAAGAAAAGACUGCGCGAUACAAGUUUCAACUCUGCAGCCUAUGAAUACCAAAAGGCAACGCUCGGAGAUGCAUUUUAUAAACCUACACUUGUGCAAUUUGAGGCGAGUGAAGCCGCCAAGGACGCAGUUGUUCGAAAUGUAGAAAAACAGUAUAAAAAGAGGGACGCAUUCAGCAGAAGGAGAAUGUACGAUGAUGAAGCACAGGAUAUCUCGUACAUUAAUGAAAGAAAUAGAGUGUAUAAUAAAAAACUAGAACGCUCGUUUGGAGCAUAUACACUUGAAAUUAAACAAAACCUCGAACGUGGCACAGCGUUGUAA